ACGGGUGUGAAGUGAAUAAUCAGCUGAGCCUGAGUGUAUCUGGAAGCUCCAGUGUUGUGUGAUUAUGAAUAAUCCAGCUCUAUAAUUCAGCGCAUUGAAACGAUAUUCACAGCCGCAGAUAUUAAAUUACAGCUUUUAUUUAUAUUUUAUUCGCGCCGUCAACUCGUUUAGGAGCAGUCUUUCCCUGCAGUCAUGACGGAGUUCUGGUUGAUUUCGGCUCCCGGGGAGAAAACCUGCCAGCAGACGUGGGACAAGCUCAUGAUGGCCACCACUCGCACCAACAACCUGUCCACCAACACCAAGUUUAACAUCCCCGACCUAAAGGUCGGGACGUUAGAUGUUUUAGUGGGUCUGUCGGAUGAGCUGGCCAAGCUGAGCUCCUUUGUGGAGAGUGUGGUGAAGAAGGUGGCGCAGUACAUGGCUGACGUGCUGGAGGACAGUCGAGAUAAAGUUCAGGAGAACCUGCUGGCUAACGGAGUGGAUCUGAUCACCUACAUCACGAGGUUCCAGUGGGACAUGGCCAAAUAUCCCAUCAAGCAGUCUCUGAAGAACAUUUCUGAAAUCAUAUCUAAGCAAGUAACGCAGAUUGACAACGACCUGAAGGCCAGAGCAUCAGCGUACAAUAACCUGAAGGGGAACCUGCAGAACCUGGAGAGGAAGAACGCGGGGAGCCUGCUGACCCGGAGUCUCGCGGACAUUGUGAAGAAGGAGGACUUUGUGCUGGACUCUGAGUACCUCAUUACUCUGCUGGUGGUGGUUCCAAAAACAAAUUAUGCAGACUGGCAGAAGACGUACGAGACUCUUGCAGAAAUGGUCGUACCACGAUCCACAAAUCUGCUGUUUGAGGAUCAGGACAGUGGGCUGUUCAGCGUGACGCUGUUCCGCAAGGCCAUCGAUGACUUUAAACACAAGGCCAGAGAGAACAAGUUCACAGUGCGAGAUUUCCAGUAUAACGAGGAGGAGAUGAAGGCUGAUAAGGAGGAGAUGACGAGGCUCUCCACUGAUAAGAAGAAGCAGUUUGGUCCUCUGGUACGAUGGCUGAAAGUCAACUUCAGUGAGGCCUUCAUCGCCUGGAUCCACAUUAAGGCUCUGAGGGUGUUUGUGGAGUCUGUAUUAAGGUAUGGCCUACCUGUGAACUUCCAGGCGAUGCUGCUGCAGCCCAAUAAGAAGAACAUGAAGAAGCUGAGAGAAGUGCUGUAUGACCUUUAUAAACACCUGGACAGCAGCGCCGCUGCCAUCAUUGACCAAUCUGCUAUGGACAUUCCUGGUCUGAACCUGAGCCAACAGGAGUAUUACCCCUACGUGUACUACAAGAUCGACUGCAACCUGCUGGACUAUAAAUAGUGCAGCGCUACUGGACCAUCAGAGCCUCCUUUUCCUUUUGGGUUUCGUAUUCGUGAAUAAUAAUUUGUGAAUGAGCUGAGAAUUCACACACACAUAUAUAUAAAUAUAUAAAUAUAUAUAUGUAUAUGUAUAAAUAUAUAUACAUAUAUAUGUACAUAUAUAUGUAUAUAUAUAUAUACAUACAUGUAUAUGUAUAUACAUAUGUGUAUAUAUAUAUAUAUAUAUAUAUAUAUAUAUAUAUAUAUAUAUAUAUAUAUAUAUAUAUAUAUAUAUAUAUAUAUAUAUAUAUGCCCUACCACCAGCUCUCCCUCUCUCUCUUUCUAGCUAUCGCGCUCUCUCUCUCGCAUGCUCCUUCCUGUAUUGCCGAGUCAGUGAAGGUGGCGAGUGUCUGUCAUGCUGUUUCCAUCAUGUUUACAGGGUUUUUUUCGUUUGUUUUUUUUAAAGGGUCUUCAGUGUAUUUAUCAGUGUGUGUGUGUGUGUGUGUGUAAGUGAAUGAGUUGGGUAUAUUUAAACAGAUUUAAACGGUCGCAGUUCUGCAUCUGAGGUCAUUCCACUGUUGCUUUUGUGCAUUGUGCUAGUUAGUUAUUACAUCUGCUGAGAAUAUUAUUAUUAUUAUAUUAUUAUUAUUAAUAACAAUAAUUGCUAUUUUGUUGUGUGAGGACGCUGGUGUCUUUACCCUUCUCUGUGUUAUAACAACUGUGGUCCAUAUCAUGGAACAAAUUGUAUUUAAAAAAAUAAUAAUAAUAAUAAGUCAACAUACGUGUUCUGUACAUUUGGUGUUAAAUGAAAUAUAUACAUAUAUAUAAAAAUGUAUGAGUGGGAAACAGUGUCUGCCAUUGAAUCUGAAUAUAAAACCAAUAAUAUGAUACAAAA